UCUGCUUCCUAUCCUAACACAUAUUCCUCAUCUGGUCACUUUCAAGCAGGAGUUUCCCCAAGGAUUUGAUCUAAAACUUACUGAGCGAGUUUUUUCUUAUUUUCCCUACGCAAGUUUUUCUGUCAGACAACAUGUGCACUGGGAAAUGUUCCCGUUGCAUUGCGGUUACUCUGUACCCGUUGGCUGUCAUAUCCAUAAUCUGUAACAUUGUGUUAUUCUUUCCUGGUGGGGACGUCAAGUAUGCCCAAGAUGGACAUAUCACCGAGGAGGUGAAGUACAUGGGGGGACUCGUUGGAGGGGGUUUGAUGGUGUUGCUGCCAGCUCUUUACAUCCACCUGACUGGGACACAGGGCUGCUGUGGGAAUCGCUGUGGGAUGUUCUUAUCUAUUGCGUUCGCUGCAGUUGGUGUGGCCGGCGCCCUGUACAGUUUCAUUGUGGCAGUGCUCGGCCUGCAGAACGGGCCCCUCUGCAAAGUACUGCUGCUCUGGUUGACACCGUUUAAAAACAGUGACCCGAGUUACCUGACUGAUUCCACGUGGUGGGAUAGUUGCACAGAGCCCAAGAACAUUGUGCAGUUCAACAUUGGAUUGUUCAGCACUCUGCUGGCCACCAGCGCUCUGCAGCUCAUUCUCUGUGCCAUCCAGAUGAUCAAUGGGCUCUUUGGCUGCCUGUGUGGAACCUGCACCAACAAAGGACCACUGUGAGUUCCUGACAGUCAAAUGGCGCCACCUGCUGGAUGGUUGAGGAUGGUCCUCCCUGGCUGCAUCUGCUUAUAUAAAUACUCACGUAGAAAUUGUAGUUAUUUCUAUUUGACAAAGGCUUUUUGUAUUUUGGUGUAUUUUUCAUGAUUAUUCAUUCACUUUUAACUUAACCAAUACACAAAAUCAGAAAUGUAUCAAUGUAUUCUGGUAUUUUGUAAAAAUGUAAUUUGUUACAACUAAUCCAUUCUGAAUGUGGACAAUUUUUAAUAAAUUGGUUUAAAAAAAA